UGAAUACCUCCUAUCAAAUCUUAAUUUGCGCGCAAUUGAGCCGAUGAGACUCGAGUCAGUGACAAUGCGCAAUCUCGCAUCGGGCGAUAGCGGGCCCAGAGAAUCGUCGGCAAAUAGACACGGACGUAACAAGAUAUUAGAGCUAAGGGGUCCGAUCAAACAUGCAAUAUCCGAGAGAAGAGAUGUUGUUUUCAAUUACAGUUUAGUCCACACACUGGGUGAAGGGCUUUUCGGUUGAUUAAGACACGAAUUACUCCGAUUAGAAACACUAGGCCGGUUAGUCAACAAGCCGAGAGAAAAUGCGAUGUCAUGGGUAAACUUGGAUUGAUUACUUGUUGUGUUCGUGAGUUUCGAUGGCAGGGAGUCAUGAUCAGUGCCGAGAGCGACGUCCGUCUCGAUGAAGCAAUGUGCACGUACACUCAUUCUGCACCAACGACUGACACCAAGACUUAUGGCUUGCGGGAGUGGAGCCAAGAACAAUAUAUCAAAAUGCAGCACUACAGAAACUAUAUCCUUCCACCCCCUGCUCACAUGCCUAACCCGAACAUCCCCGGGCAGUCGGCGCUUGGCUCGCUACAGUCGGUUCUACCGAAUGGAUCGCACAUGAUGCCAGCAACCUCUAACCCCUUCAUGCAGCCGGGGACGUCACUGACACUUGCCGAAAGACUAGCAGAUAUUAUCCUAGAAGCGCGUUACGGCGUACACCGGAAGCAGAGAAGAAGCAGGACAGCGUUUACGAACCAACAACUGGCCGCCCUGGAGAAAACUUUCUCCAAGACGCACUACCCUGACGUGGUGAUGAGGGAGCGACUGGCUAUGAUGACGAACCUGCCAGAGGCAAGGAUACAGGUGUGGUUCAAAAACCGUCGAGCAAAGUACCGAAAGAAACAAAAAGCACUUCGACACGACCAACUGCCUGCAGCGACAACUAGCGGUUCUGCGGAAAGCAAAGCGGAGGAAUCGGACGGAUCAAAAUCUGGUUCUGAACAAGGGGAUGACGAUAAUGGAGACGAUGAAAGUCAAAUGUCACAGGAAGCAAGUGGUUCAGCCGGCAAUAUAGACGAUAGCAAAGAGGAUGGCAUGGCUGAUGUUUCCUAUGCUAGUGAGAGUAAUGGUCUAACUGAAGACAGUCCCCCUGCUUGCCCAGUCGAGCCCAAUAGGGAUGGUAUCUGGAGAAUAGAAAGUCUUCUCGGGGACAGAAACAAAGGUCGCUCCUCUCCUGCCAGACCAACGCACCCUGGCCUCCUGCCGCCAUACUGGGCUCCUGGAAUGUUCCCGCUGCGUCAUCAAGAUGUCAGCCUCAACUACGGUCCAGGAGAUUUACCUCAGCUGCCACUGCCCUAUCAUCCAAUGUGUUCAAAUCCUGCCGCCGCACUUCAGUAUUCCACUCAAAUGCAGCAAAUCGCAUGGCAGCAUUACAUUGCUCAAAUGCAACCCCAUCUAUAUACUACGAGUCGAACCACCAAAAACCCUGGCGAUUCACCUUCAGCGACGAGGAUGUCAAAUGGAGACAACGCAACCAUUACAUCAAGCGCAGUAAAAGAUGACGCUAUGAACACUAGUAUCGAAAGUUUGCGCAUGCGCGCUAGGCAACACGAAGCUUCUUUGUCGCAAAUGAAGAACUGAUUGAAAUAAUUGUCUAGUUAUACAUUUG